AUGACCGAUGACCAGGGCUUCGAGGCCUAUGCAGUGAAGUGGCGGGCUAGAGCGGCGAAGCACGUCCUUCCGAUCAGUGAGGCACAACAGAUCCAAUUAUUCCACUCCACUCUUAAAGGGGCCUACUACUUGCACUUGCUGGCCCACACUUCUUCAUUCUCCAACCUUAUCGACGCCGGAAAAAAGCUCGACAUCGGCAUUAAGCUCGGCAAGAUAGAAGGUCCGAUCGAUAAAAAGGAAGGAGAGUCCUCAAAGAGGGCCGCCACUGGGACAGCGAGAAACAGGAGAGGGAAAGACACGUCCGUCAACGCUAUCAACUCAGGGCGCCAGGUCCCCCAGCAAUAUUCCAUAAGCUACACGCCCGCACCACCGGCCACUCAAGCGUAUGCCCCACCUUCGAUGCAUUAUCAACAACAACCCCCAACGCAGCAAGCUUACUAUUCUGCUCCGCCGGCUUCCUUUCCGUCGCCGGUCCCGCAGCAAUACGCCCAUAAUUAUGCCCCUGCUCCUCCUCCGAUUCAACAAAGUAGGCCCCCGACUUCGAGAACUCCUCAGCCGGUGCAACGGGCUCCGGCUCCGCAGGACCAACGGGGCAUCGCAACACAAACGCUGCGUAAACAGUUCACACCUCUGCCGGCUCCGCUCUCCCACAUAUACCGGUAA